AUGUUUGAGCCCGAUUUCGAGGGCCGGGUUGAGCUUAUUGCGGUUGAGCUGAAGAAAGGCUUCAACCUAGAAUUUUUUAGCAACUUCCGCGUACCGUCGCGUGCGGUGCUGGAUGCCCCGGUGCUGGGAGACGCAAGAGGUAUCCUUGCGAAUUUGGGGAAGUUUGAGAAGCGCAUUCCCAAAAAGAAUGCGGAGAAGAAAACGAAAAGAGGACCACAGCAGAAGGCUGCUGUUGGUGGUGAACCAAAGCGUCGGAGACUGCAAACCAAAAGGGCUGCUCCGGCGCAAAAGAAACCUGCAGUUGCUGCUGAAUCCCGAGAUGCAGGGUAUUCUUUCUUUGACUUCCCUUCGUCUCCCCUGCAUACCGCUGCUGCGGGUGCGGGGGUAUCGAAGGAGACUGUUGCGCCCAAGGAGCCUACGGCCCCUUUUGUUGGGCCGGUUCGCGAUCCCACCGUGAAGAAGACGGUGGAAACGACUGCUGACCAAAUAUUCGACACUGGGGAUGAUAUUUCUAAUGACCCUUCUGCGUGCAAGGAGAUUUUGGGUGGUCUGGGCACCCCGUUUGAAGUUGAUCGUGCCCGUUCGGCACCCCGUGAGCUGCGGAUCAACCAACUUUCUACCAUGCUAGUAGGAAGUUCCAUAAUGGCGAACGCCAUUUUGGAAGACUAUCGGGUGUUAGGCCGCAGAGAGGAUGAAGCUGCUCGCUUGCGGGCCGAAGCGGAAGAGUUGGUUCGUACUCUUGCCAAACUUCUUUCCGAUGAACGCAAGAAUUGGAAUGAAAAGUAUUCCAAUGAGCGCAAGAAGUGGAAUGAAUCUUGGGCGAAGCAGAAUGACACUCUGUUUCGUGCUCGGCAGGAGUUCACGAACGUCAAGGCAGCGAACGUUGCCUUGGGAAGAGAAAAAGCUGCAGCUGAGGCCAUUGCGGUUAAAGCGCAGCAAGCUGAGGCCCUGGCUAUUAAGGCGCUGGACGAGGUCAAGGAAGCGGGGGCCCGUACUGCGAAGGCCCUUGAUGAGGCCAAAGAGAGGGAAAACCGCAUUUCGAAAGCUCUGGAAGAGGCGAACGCGGAGCGUACCCGCUUGGGUAGGGUUGUUGCCAGCCUUCAGGCUGAGGUUCAGGCCCGGGAGGUCGCAGUUGGAGACCUUACUGCUCGCGUGUCGGUUGCGGAAGAGCGGGCUGAUGCCGCUGUUGAGGCCAAGGAUGCCUUGGUGUCCUCUAUGGACCAGCUGAAGGCGGACCCGAUCUGGGUUCCAUGGUGUGGAUACCGAGUCGCUUCUUAA